AUGAUUCAAACCUCCAUCACUACAGAAAAGACAAAAACAGGCCGCAAUACUCACUCCAGUCCUGCAGGUGGCGCCACCAAACACACACACACACACAUACACGGUGAGGGUCAGAGAAGAAGAGCCGCAGGGUCUCUGUGUGUGUGUGUGUGUUGUAGCGGCUCCGCUGGUGUUCAUUUCAUACGCAGGAGAUCAGACAGUGAAGAUCAAACUGCAGUCAUGACGUCACUGGCAAGCAGCGGCUCCUCCACCGAGUACACAGUCCGAGUGCCCAAGAACACGAGUAAGCGUUACAGCAUCAUGGCGUUUAACGCGGGGGACAAAGUGAACUGUUCCACAUGGACUCAGGCCCGUAUGGAGCGCGAUCUGAGUAACCGCAGGAUGUACGGGGAAGAGGAGACGCCCGAGGGCGCAGCUGGCAGUGAGUUCGGUAAAAAGCAGAGGGAGGAGGCGCGCAGGAAGAAGUUUGGGAUUGUAACACGCGAGUUCAAGGUGGAGGACCAGCCGUGGAUCCUCAAAGUCAACGGCAAAGCAGGGAGAAGGUUUAAAGGGCAGAAGAAAGGAGGCGUGACGGAGAACGCGUCAUACUACAUCUUCACGCAGUGUCCUGAUGGAGCGUUCGAGGCGUUUCCUGUUCACGCCUGGUACAACUUCACUCCGGUGGCUAAACACCGCACGCUCACCGCCGAGGAGGCCGAGGAAGAGUGGGGCAGGAGGAAUAAGGUGGUGAAUCACUUCAGCAUUAUGCUGCAGCGCCGCCUGAAGGAGCAGGAACACGGUGAGGAAGACGAGGAGGAGGGAGAAAAGGGAGCGAAAAAAAAGAAAAAGAAGAAAAAAGGUGGCCAAGGAGGGGACCUGCGUAUUCACGAUUUAGACGAUGAUCUGGAGCUGAGCAGCGACAACAGCGAGAGCAGUGGAGGAGAAGAUGGAGAAGGUCGGUCGAAGAGUAAGAAGGAGGACAACUCAAAGGCAAAGGGGAAGAAAAAGAAGAAGAAGAAGGGCAGUGACGCAGAGGGACAUGAGGACAGUGAUGACGGAGACUUUGAGGGUCUGGAAGUGGACUACAUGUCUGAUGAGAGCAGCUCUGAGGACGAGGAACCGGAGAAGGUGAAGCCCAGUAAAGGAGAGGACGUGCCUAAAGGAAUCGAUGAAGCGUCUGAGAGCGAGGAGGAGAGUGAGGAGGAGAACAAGAACGAGGACGAGGCCAAGGAGGAGGAAGAGGAGGAAGAGGGCAAGAAGACACCUGUACAGGUGGAGAAGAAAAAGAAGAAAGACAGCAGCGGUGAGUCGGACACGUCUGAGGACAGCGACAUCGAGGGAGAGACGGCGUCUGCGCUGUUCAUGGCGAAGAAACGGACUCCUCCUAAACGCGCCGGCCGAGGUUCUGCUGGAAGUUCCAGAGCGGGAAGUCGUCCAGGAACGCCUUCCAUCGACCACGCUGCCACCUCCAACACACUGCGCGCUGCUGCUACCAAACUGGAGCAGGGUAAGCGCCAGGCGGCGAGCAGCUCCGACACUCCGGCUGCCAAGCGGCUGAAGAUGGAGCCGGCGUCUCAGAGUCCGUCUGGGAAAAGCACUCCGCAGCCAGCGUCUGGGAAAUCCACCCCGAGCUCCAGUGAUGUGCAGCUGACUGAGGAGGCCGUGCGAAGGUAUCUGAUCCGAAAGCCCAUGACCACUAAAGACCUGCUGAAGAAGUUCCAGACCAAACGCACCGGACUGAGCAGCGAGCAGACAGUCAACGUCCUCGCUCAGAUCCUUAAGAAGCUCAACCCCGAGAGGAAGAACAUCAAUGACAAGAUGCACUUCUACCUGACGGAGUAACGAGACCGAGCUGCCGUAAGGGGCGGGGCCAAACGUUGAGUGCUUCAUAACCACUUGUGAUUGGGCAGGUGACUGGGUGGGCGGGGCCAUGGGGUGAAGCUCCAAAGGAUGCAUGGGACUUUUUUCCCUGCUUAGUGGAAUAAAGUGUAAUAAUUCUAAAGAUAAAAGAAUGUGUGUGAAUGUUAAAUAAAAGUUUGUUUUUUCCAGUAAA